AUGGCGGCGGCCCUUCGCUUUGCGCUGCUUGCGAGCCCAGCGAACUUGUGCGACCGCCUUCCGGGCGUCCCGCCGAUGCGUCUGUGUGUUCUCGCAGCAAUCGCAGUGGUGGCAACAGUCGAUGCUACCACUACACGGGUCAACAAACCCCGGCUAAAGCAGGUGUACGCUUUCACCUUGGGCAACACGAUCAAUGGCGGCUUGGUUGGAGCGCUUGGUCCAUCAGUCGCUUUCUUCCAGUCGUCUACUGGCCUCAGCCAGGCGGGGCUGGCCCGAAGCUUUAUGAUCAAUCGACUUGCAAAGCUGGUUGGAACCGCGAUCUGGGCUGAGUAUGCGAGCCGUCUCGAGCGCGGCUACUCCUGCCCCUUCUCUCCUAGGACUGUGCUCGUGUCUGUGAUGCUUUUGGAGACGGUGUGCUCGUUGCUCAUCGUUAGCCUACGCAGCAGCGCGAGAUCGCUGCAGGUUGCACUCGCAGCCUUUGGGCUGUGCUAUGGCCUGGCGGACUCUGGCUUCGACCUUCUUACCGUGUGGUCCGAAACCGCUGACACGAAAGCAACGAGGACGCACGUUGCCUUGCUUAACGCCGGCUUUACGGCGGGCGCAAUUCUCACUCCGGCAGUUGUCGGUGCAGCGAUCAAGCUUGGUGGCUCGAGCUAUACUUGCUUCCUCGUGCUCGCCGCCUUGUCUGCAUUGACCGGAAGCGAGCACGUCGUUGGGACUUGGCUCCCGUGCCUCGGCGCGGACAAGGGAGGGCUCAGCAUGGCCGCGAUGGCCGGGAUGUCGUCUUUCUUUUGGGCGACCAUUUGCGCUGGCCGUAUCGGUUGGGUCUUUCUCUCGACUCAGAUUCAGUCCGGCUGGCCAGUGCUUGCAGCAAGCGGCGGGACAAUGAUGCUCGCUGGAGCCCUAUAUGUCGAUUAUGUUGCUCGCCACGGCACAUGGCAGCUUUGGCUAGCCACUUUCCUUCUUGGCCUCGGAUGCUCCAGCUCCCUGCCCUGUGCUCUCACCAUGCCAAUGGAGGCGCAAAUUCCUCUCACGCCGAGCGUGCUUAUGGCGUAUACCGAUCAUUGGGCUUGGGCGUCGUGGGGAUGA